AACUAAUUUCUCUGCUGCAAUGGCAUUGGAAGAAGGGCACAGUUAGCAAUCAAAGCGGUGGGCCUCCACGCCUCCAUGUCCCAUGACGUCGCUACUCUUCCGGGAUGGACCAAUAACAUUUUAUAUCUGGACGCCCCUUAUCGCCCUCGUUAUUUACAUCUCUGCCACCCUCCUCUCCGCCGUCGCCGCCGCCGCCGGGGAUGGGGGGAGCGCAAUUCCCCGGCGACAACGACGUCGCGGAAGUAGACGCGGCCCGCGACGGAGAGGUGGACCGCCGUGACGUGGGCAAGAUGAAGCACGGGUGCGAGCAUUACCGGCGGAGGUGCAAGAUCGUGGCACCGUGCUGCAACCAGGUGUUCCCCUGCCGCCACUGCCACAACGAGGCUACGGCUUCCGGAGAUAGGCAUACAAUAUGUCGUCAGGAUGUUGAAAAAGUAGUUUGCCUACUCUGUGAAACAAAACAGCCGGUGUCACAAGUGUGCAUAAGCUGUGGAGUCAAUAUGGGAGAGUACUUUUGUGAUAUAUGCAAAUUUUAUGAUGAUGAUACAGACAAAGGGCAGUACCAUUGCAUCGAUUGUGGCAUAUGCAGGGUUGGUGGCAAGGAAAACUUCUUCCACUGUGUGAAGUGUGGAUCCUGCUAUUCUGUUAUACUCCGUGAUAACCAUCAGUGUGUGGAGAACUCAAUGAGGCAGAAUUGCCCAAUCUGUUAUGAGUAUCUAUUUGACUCAUUACAAGGAACAAGAGUUCUUAACUGUGGACACACAAUGCACUUGACAUGUUUUGAAGAAAUGGUGGCGCAUAACAAAUACACUUGUCCAAUAUGCUCUAAAACAGCUCUUGAUUUGACACAUCAUUGGGAAAUGUUGGAUCAAGAGAUCGAAGCCACGAUCAUGCCUCUUGUGUAUCGCUACAAGGUAUUCUUUCCGGUAUUUGGGUGCUUUGCAACGAUUGCAACAAGGUCUCAGAGGUGAACUUUCACGUGAUUGGCCACAAGUGCAGCCACUGCAGAUCGUACAACACCCGAACAACAUCGCGCCCUGCAGAUUUAUCCGGAAGCAGCUCACCUUCAACAGACUCAUCCGACAACAACAUAUAGAGAAGAAACCAUUGACAGAGCCAAUAUGAUUGAAGAACCGGAGGAGGAAACAUUGUUUCGGGGCGUGCGUGCUUGCCAAACUUGAAGACUCCCAGCCGUUUAUUGGCCCUCAUCUUGUCUAGAUUCAGUUCAUUCCAUGAGUCUUUGCUGUUGUGGCAACUUCCAGCUUGCGCAUCGCUGGGUCAACAACCCACAUGGCCGGCGUAGCUGUCCCUUUGAAUCUUGUUCGCAGCCGUGAUUUUAUCACUGUGGAUGAAACGUAAUCACAUACUUACUGUAAUCUACUAUGGUUGAAGAUGUGUGCCCCCCUGACUCAUGCCUUGUGUGCUUGUGCUGAACUGUUUAUGAAUUCCCAUGCUGUUCCGUAACACUAUAUUGCCAUUUGUGUUUCCUUAUCUGUCAAGUACCGCCAAGUGUGCGGUGAAAUUGUAAUUAUUUGCAAUGAAUAGAAUCUUAUAUCUAUACCUAAUAAUAAAGACUCAACAUUUCUA